AUGUCCAUCGAUGAAUCAAGCGCCGAUCGCAACGUUCAAAUAUGGAAAGUAAAAAAGCUCAUCAAAAGCUUGGAGGCGGCCAGAGGAAACGGCACCUCCAUGAUUUCCCUCAUCAUUCCACCAAAGGAUCAAAUUUCUCGGGUUGCCAAAAUGUUGGCUGAUGAAUUCGGCACCGCAUCCAACAUUAAAAGUCGAGUGAAUCGCCUCUCCGUCCUCGGUGCCAUCACAUCUGUACAGCAGCGACUCAAACUGUACACCAAGGUACCGGGAAAUGGACUCGUCAUCUACUGUGGAACAAUUGUUACUGAAGAAGGCAAAGAGAAGAAAGUCAACAUUGAUUUUGAGCCCUUUAAGGCCAUCAAUACAUCACUUUAUCUUUGUGAUAACAAGUUUCACACCGAAGCACUAUCCGCCCUCCUUGCAGAUGACAACAAGUUUGGCUUCAUCGUAAUGGACGGUAACGGAGCCCUCUUUGGAACGCUACAAGGAAACACCAGAGACGUCCUUCAUAAGUUUCCCGUCGAUCUACCGAAAAAGCACGGUCGAGGUGGUCAAUCUGCGCUUCGUUUUGCUCGUCUGCGUAUGGAAAAGCGUCACAAUUACGUCAGAAAGGUGGCCGAGGUUGCUGUACAGCUAUUCAUUUCAAACGACAAGCCCAACAUUUCCGGACUCAUUCUCGCUGGUUCAGCUGACUUUAAAACGGAGCUUAACCAAUCGGACAUGUUUGAUCCUCGGCUACAAACCAAAGUGCUAAAACUGGUGGACGUUUCAUAUGGUGGCGAAAACGGCUUCAAUCAGGCUAUUGAACUCUCCGCAGAAGUGCUCACCAACGUCAAAUUUAUUCAGGAAAAGAAAUUGAUCGGCAAGUAUUUUGAUGAAAUCUACCAAGACACCGGCAAGUACUGCUUUGGUGUGGGCGACACUCUCAAGGCGCUGGAGAUGGGAGCUGUUGAGACGCUGAUUUGCUGGGAAAACUUGAACAUAAUGCGCUAUCAACUCAAAAACGCAUCUACCGGCGAGGAGACCACUUUGCAACUGACGCCUGAACAGGAAAGGGACAGAACUCACUUUGUAGACAGUGUCACCGGUGUUGAGCUGGAACUGAUUGAGUCAUUGCCUUUGCUUGAAUGGCUGGCAAACAAUUACAAAAACUUUGGCGCUACACUUGAAAUCAUCACUGAUCGAUCACAGGAGGGCUCGCAGUUUGUCAAGGGUUUCGGCGGCAUUGGAGGCCUCUUACGCUACCGGGUGAACCUUGACACGAUGGACGGCCAAAACGAUGAUACGGAAGAUUAUGAGGACUUUGAUGACUUUUAG